AUGGCAAACGCGACUCAUCCCAUCACCUUGGCGGGUGUGUUAGACCCCCAAACCUCGCAACACUUACCCACGGCCGCGGCCGGCCUCGUCUUCGUUGUGUUUGCCCUGAUAGUGCAGCGAUUGCUCUUCGCCGACCCCCUGGCCAACGUGCCGUAUACGGGAGAGGGGAAGAGGUCGGAGAGGAGAAAGCAGUUCAUGCAAGGCAAAGCAAGACAGCUUUACAUUGAUGGCUACAGGAAGUUCAAAGACAGCGUCUUCCGCGUCACGACGUCCCUGAAGAAGGAUAACAUCUGUGUUCCUGCUACCUUCCUCCCUGAGCUGAAGAAACAACCCGACGAGGUCAUCAGCUCCAAAGAGGCCAUCGGCGAGAUCAUGUUCACCAAGUACACACUCCUUCGAAACAGCGACCCCUACGUGCACCACGCCGUCAAGACGACAUUGACGCCGGCUCUACCCCGGCUAAACGCGAGCAUCUCGGACGAGGUCGCCGAAACAAUGCGCCUUGAGCUGCCCCAGACCACCAAAUGGACUGAGGUCAACAUCCACGACAAGCUCCUCCGCAUCGUUGCCAUGGUCUCCGGCCGCGUCUUCAUUGGCCCCGAGCUCUGCCGCAACGAGGACUACAUCGACGCCUCCAUCCACUACACCACCGACCUCAUGAGAGCUGUGGUCGCCAUCGGAAAGAUCCCCGCUUUCCUCCGACCCUUCCUCGCCUCUCGGUUGCCGGAGACCCGAAAGCUCUACAAGCGCAUGGACGCUGCCGACGCAGUCUUCCGCCCCAUCAUCACGGCCCGCCGCGAGUCCGCCACGAAGGAAAACUACCAACCGCCUGACGACUUGCUCCAGUGGAUCAUCAACGCGCAGACAAAGAUUGGCCCGAUCAGCGACAGAGAACUCGCUAUGUGCCAGCUCACCGCCAGCUUCGCCGCCAUCCACACUACCACCAUGACGGCGACCAACGCCAUGUACUGGCUCGCGGCGAAGCCCGAGCUAGCCCCCCUGCUGCGCGAAGACGUCCAGCAGGCGCUCCUCGAGUCCGGGGGCAUAUUCACCAGCGGGGCUAUGCAAAAUAUGAAGAAACUGGACAGCUUCCUGAAGGAGUGCAUGAGAUAUUGCCCGCUCAUUGUCUCAGGAUUCAUGCGCAAGGUUCUCAAGGAUUUCAAGCUCCCCAACGGCCAGACCAUCCCCGCGGGCGUUGUCAUGGACGUCUCCGCCGUCGGCAUCAACAACGACCCUGAAAUCUUCACGGACCCGGAGGUCUUCGACCCCCUCCGCUUCUACAAGCUCCGCGAGGGCAAGGCGCACGCCGAGUCCGGCACCAAGGCCGCCGAGCUCGUCACGCAGGCCCAGUUCGUCAGCCUCGGCACCAACCACCUGACGUUCGGCUACGGCAGGCACGCUUGCCCCGGCCGCUUCUUCGCCGUCAACGAGAUCAAGAUGAUCAUGGCCAACAUUCUGCACAACUACGAGAUACGGCUGCCGGACGGCGUCACCGAGAGGUACCCGAGCGUCUUGGCCGGCUCAAUGUCGAACCCUGACCCCAACAAGACCAUCAUGAUUAGGAAAAUUUGA